CCCCCCCCCCGCUGGCGCUUGCGCAGUGAACGUUACCCGAGGAGAUGGCGUUAAGCAGCAGUUGGAUCCGGACCCUUACUGGGGGUAUAAGAAAGAGUCUGAAACCGGUUGGGAGCUGGAACUCCGCUCGAGCUGCUUCUGGAGUUUCAAAAGACAUACUGCCGGGUCCAUAUCCCAGAACACCAGAGGAAAGAGCAUUAGCAGCAAAGAAAUACAACAUGAGAGUGGAAGAUUAUGAGCCGUAUCCUGAUGAUGGAAUGGGAUAUGGUGACUACCCUAAACUACCAGACAGGUCACAGCAAGAGCGAGAUCCGUGGUACACAUGGGAUGAACCUGACCUGCGAAGAAAUUGGGGUGAACCGAUGCACUGGGAUUUUGACAUGUUCAUUCGGAAUCGGGUAGAUACCUCUCCAAGUCCUGUGGACUGGAGUACUAUGGUUAAACAUUUUAGUGGCUUUCUAGGAUUUAUGUUGUUCAUGUUCUUUGUUGGCGCGUUAUUUCCUUCAUACCAGCCAGUGGCUCCAAAACAGUAUCCUUACAAUAACCUUUAUUUGGAGAAUGGAGGUUCACCCGAUGAAGAACCAGCCGAAGUGAUCCACUAUGAAAUAUGACCAGAUUGCCAUGACUGAUUGUUGGGUAUAUGUGAAUUUGGAACUGUUCUUGUAUGUAUAAUUAAAUAAAUAACAUUAAUAAAAUUGUCGUC